AUGUCAGCUCACCGAUCCUCCCUAUUUGGUGGCCCCGGUACAGGCGCAAGCUGGGACUGCUCGUCUCUGACCGAGAUCCCAGAUCCAUCUUCUGACGCCCUUGGAGCAGCGGAAGACAGCGAUGAGUAUGAGGGGAUGGAAGAUAAUAUCAUCGUGGCAGCGGGUCCUUCGCUCUCUUUGCCUGGAUCUCGUAUCCCAAACACCAACAUCAAGAGACAGAUUAUUGAGUUGAAUGAGAGUGAGAACGAAGAGGACGAAGAGGAGGUGAUAGACGACGAGAUCAUCGUCGUCUCUUCCUCAUUAUCAGGAUCUAAACGCCGAUGGGACGAUGAGUCUACCACCACUCCAAGCAAAAGAAUCAAAACCGAGUCUCCUACCCCUGAAACCAAGAGAGCGGGAUCCAGCUAUCUCCACGGUGUCUUCGCCUCCCGUACCAAGCGGACGACGUACCCGGUUGCUCCGCCUCGAUCAUUGAGCUCUGGAAAGGAAGUCAAGCCUUUUCAAUUCACGAGGGUGGUGCAGCCGGCUAGGCACUCCGUUCCUGGUCUUAAAGUGGCUACGAAGAAGGCUACUACUCCGUUCAUUGAGAUCGAGGACUCGGAUGAAGAGGCUGAAGUCGUUGCGGCGCCGUCUGUGAUCGCUAGUUCGACAUGUUCAACCAAAAGCCAUGGUGAGCGGGGUACGACGACGGUGAAGGUUGAGGCACAGGUUGCACAACAAAAGGAGAAGCAGCGUCUGACUUCUUUACGGUUGAGGCAGGAGGCUAUGGAGAGGAAGAUGAAGGAAGAUAGUCGGAUCGAGGAUGUCGAUACCACUGAUUGUGAUGACCAGGUGCAGAUGGCUGGAAUAGAGAAUACAGGAGCUGAGGCGCAGGACGAGGGCAUGAAACCUAAUGCAAAGGCUCCUGAGGACACAGCGAAAGCUGAAGCGACCACGGACUGCUCUAUGAGCUUCGAAGGCUCUUUCGUGUCCAGCAUUAAUCCCAUUCCGGCUCUGACAAGUAUCUUUCGCAAAACAGUCAAGCCCGUUCCUGUCCUCAAGCUCAGGCCACCACCAACAGGUUCCGUCACCACGCACGUCCCGUCCCUGCUCCAGGACGAAGAUGAAGAAGCACAGCGGAAGAUCCGGCCCGCCAAAGCCAAACAGCGUGAGGAGAGUGUAGCAGCUCAGAUCCGUGCGCACGCAGCAGAAGCCCGGAAAGCUGCACUAGCUGUCCGUGAGGCUCGGGAGAAGAAGGAGGUGGAGGAGAAGGCUGAGAGCGAGGCGCAGAUUGCUAGGGAGGCGAGGCAGAGGGUUGCGGAGGCUAAGAAGCGAGAGGAUGAGGCUAAAGAGAGAGAAGACGGGUGGAAGAUGGUGAUGGAGCGGAAGCGUCAGGAGGAGGCUGAUAAGAGGCAGAAGGUUCAUGAUGAUCUGGCGGCAUUGAAAGCGGCUGGGGAGAGGAAGGAGAGGGUAAAGAAGGAAGCGGAGGCGAGGAAGAGGGAGGAGAAGAUGAGGCGGAAGCAGGCUGAGGCGAGGAGUAUGUUUGCUGGUCUACCCAUCACUGGUGGACUAGCAUUGCCUUCAGUACUAUCCAAAGAGGAGCAGAAGGUUGGCGAGACUGCCGCGACUGGCCAUGCAAAAAUGGGGGACUGCACGGAGCCCGCUUCGGCGAUUGCUGAGCUAUCGGACUUACCUAUACACAAUGGAGAGACUGUCCAAUCCGGCGUCGAUCUCGAAAGCAAAGCGUCGCGCGAGGAGCGUGUCCGACACAUGAAGGGGAGGAACGCACGCAAUAAAGUCGCGGCUGCUGAACAAGAGCCAGCUGUGCCGGAACAGUCUGCUGAUGCGUUUGCACCAUUGCCGGCUACGACCACGAAUCUACCCCCCACGAAGUCGUAUUUCAAAUCACUUGCGUCGGCCACAGGACCUAUCAGCUUGACAAGUGCAGCUGGUACAGCCGCUGUCGCCAAGUCGAAACGUUCGCCAAGUGUCCGCAAUAACGCCUUCUCCUGGAAUGAAGACUAUCACAAGAGCAAAUAUGGUACCAAACUGAGCACGAUGACAACAGUCGACAUCAAGCUCUUCGUCUGGUCAGAAGAGGGAGUACACUGGAAUGAAAUUGGCCAAAUGUUUGCGGACUCAACCGGCCGUGAGUAUGCUACCUACACUUUGCAGUGCAAAGUGGCACAGAUAAGAGAUACUCUGCUCGAGCUGGAUUCAGAACCGGGGCUGCUCAACCGAGCGGUGCAGGGUGAGCACGAUGCUCUGGCCGAGCUCAAUGCGAUGAUCGAUGCAAAGCGACCUACCUCUAAGUUUCAACGACCGGCUCCUGUCAUCCGUCCCUCAGCUCCUAUAUCCCACCGACCAACCCAAACCGCUGUGCAAUCAGGCCUCAUAACAGCGGCGGACAUUAAGCUCAUGCGUCUGAGAUCAAAAGGUAUGAUUUGGGCCAGCAUCAUGGAGGAGUCCGAGAAUAUGGACUUGCCAUUUCGUAGCAAGGGUAGUCUGCGCAAUCGAUACAGACAAGCCAAGGAACUGGUCGAACAUGCCGGCGUAGACGAGGUAACACUGGACGAUAUCGAAGCUGGAGACCAGGAUGCGCUCGAUCGGCUGAACGACGCCGUGCGUCUCACUCGACCUAAUGGAGUGAAGACACCAUCCACGCACUUUCGCCCAAAUACUGCAAAGCAUACUUCAAAUAGCCGCAAGGUCGACCCAACCUUGGGAGAAAUCGUCCCUCACGAUAUCCAGCUCAUGCAGUGGCGAGAUAGUGGCCUGACGUUUAGCGUAAUUACAGGGCGGCUACAAGAACUCACAGGAGUCUAUCGCGAGCAUCACGUCGCACAGUACCGGUACAAGAAAGUCAAGGCCGCUAUUGAUCAUGUCCGCUGGACGGGUGCGGUUGAUGAUGACCUGCUCGAUGAUGCGAUGGUUGGAGAGCAAGCAGCGAUCGAGAGGCUGAACAUUGCGGUCCAUGGGGUGUGGCCAGUACCGGAAAUCAAGGUUUCUGGGAGGCGACCGAAAGUGCCAUAUACUGCCACCAAGCGAAAUGGCUAUCUCGUCUCUGGCGACCGCGGGCCAGCUGAUACCAACUCGUCAUUUUCGAGUGAGAGUAUCGAUGAGGACUUCUGGGCGAACACGAACGGUCUUUCUCUUGACUCACCAGUGGCUCGCGAUACUACGGGUCGAUCGACGGAGGGUGGCAAGACUAUUGGUCCUGCCUUGUUCAGAGUAUGCUUUGGUGCCUGGGCUGAUCAAAACUGUCCAGAGAGCGAUAGUGAGGAAGGGCUUAAGCAUAAGGUGGAGAACAAGAAUACUGUUGAGGACAAAGAUAAAUGCCACUAUAUCUAUCAGGUGCAACGCCGCGAGAUCAGUCAGGAAGAGGCCUUCGCAGAAGAGCCAGUCGACAUCGAGGACAUGCCUUGGCUUGAUGUCGGCUUGCCUCUGGAGAGCUACCUCGAAGCAAACCUGAAGGCUGACAAGCAGGCGUUCGUAUCGAAUGAUCCGGAGACAGCAACGGCCAUUGCAAGAGGUGCGUUACACGACCGCCAACUGGAUAAAGAUGGACUCCGGUGCGCGAAGAUGACGACAAAGGAUGCUGGCGUGGUCGAAGUCAGAGUCGAGCAGCGGAUGCGGUCUCACGGAGACGGGGUCCUGCCCAAGGCUUCAGCGUUCGAGUUAUCAAGAACGGUCUUCUUCGUGAAGAGGAGUACGGCAUUCAAGCCUCCUCCACCUGCAGACACGGAGCUGGAAUUAUUCGGCGAAGAACCGGAACGAGACUCAGCUACACCACCAGACGGAGUCACUGUCAAGAAUGCCGUAUACACCACCCUUGACCUAGCCAAUGCUAAAGCUAUCGACUAUUUCACCAAAGAGGUCCAGUUCCCAAUCGGUAUCGACCCAAGCCUGACCAAGCGGGAUACUUGGAUCAACGCAGCGAAGGAGUCCUUUUGGCGUGAGUUGCGGGAUAAGGGCGAGAAGGCUAUGUUCGACCAGGAGGUUGGCUAUCGAGAUAUGGACAAGGAGGUGCGGGUCUGGGUUGAGCCGGGUAGCUUGGAUGGGCCAAGGAACAUUCCGACGUCUAGAUAG